AAAUCAUUUUACCUCUCUCAAUCUUCUUCUUCUUCUUCUUGUGAGAGAGAGAUAGAAAGAAGGAACCCUAUCCCACGCCGACAACUCCAUGGAGAACAACGACGGAGCAAUGACUAACGGCGUCAUAGUCGAGCACACGUCAGCAAAAGGACCUCUCAACGCCGUGAAGAAACCACCGACCAAGGACCGGCACAGCAAAGUCGACGGGAGAGGGAGGAGAAUCCGUAUGCCGAUCAUAUGCGCGGCUCGAGUCUUCCAGCUGACCAGAGAGCUAGGCCACAAAUCCGACGGCCAGACCAUCGAGUGGCUCCUCCGUCAAGCCGAGCCUUCCAUCAUAGCCGCCACGGGAACUGGAACGACUCCCGCGAGUUUCUCCACCGCUUCUCUCUCCACCACUUCUUCCUCCCCCUUCACGCUCGGAAAGCGCGUGAGAGCCGAGGAGGGAGGAGAAUCAGGCCCCGGAGGUGGGGAGUUGACAGUUGGACCUACGAUGGGAGCUUCGGUAAUGAGUGGUGGUGGUGGGUUCUGGGCGGUUCCGGCGAGGCAGGAUUUCGGACAAGUGUGGAGCUUUGCCGCCGGAGCUACGCCGGAGAUGUUGUUUACGCAGCAGCAGCAAGCGGCUACGCUCUUUGUCCGCCAGCAGCAGCAACAACAACAGCAAGCUUCAGCAGCUGUAGCUGCAAUGGGUGAGGCUUCAGCAGCUAGAGUUGGGAACUAUCUACCGGGUCAUCAUCUCAAUCUGCUGGCUUCUUUGUCGGGUGGGAAUACCGGGUCGGGUCGGAGGGAAGAGGAUGACUCACGUUGAAAAAAAAGGUUUUCAUCUUUUGUGCUCUCUUUCUUUAGGGAUGAUUUGGGUAAUGUAUAGAAAAUUAUUAUUAAUGUCAUCUUAAGUGGUCAGAGACUACUUAGUUUGUGUUCUUUGUGCUCAAUUUUUAGUUAAUUUUAAGAUUAUUGCUUGUUUCAUUAGGGUUUUUAAGAAUAUUUGGUCUCGGAAUUGGUUUCAUUGAGUGAUAAGAGUGAGACAGUGAGAUGGAUUGAGUGAUUGUUGUUACUUAAAAACGCCAUAAAGAAGAGCAGAAAAAAGCUAUUUGUAACG